UGAGCGCUCGCUUGCGCGGGCUGGCUCCCGAGGGAGUCGUCGCUCGUCCACCGCCGCUCUCGCACACCGCGCGCCCGUUGUCAUCUCUCUCGUGCUCUCUCACUCUCUCACUCUCUCUCUCUCUCUCUCUCUCUCUCUCUCUCUCUCUCUCUCUCUCUCUCUCUUGCUGGCGCGCGCGCGGCCCGUGGCGCAGUGCUUGCAAGUGCGCGCGCGGAUCAGGCGCGAUGCCGGACCGGCAUGCGCGAGAAAGACGGUUUGGCGAGUGAACGGAAGAAACGAAGAGCGCCGGCAAAUACACAAGGGACGGUUGGUCGCGCUGGCGCGACUCGCGUCGGGCGAGAGGGGGGCAAGCGCUCGAGAUCAUCCUCCGUGGCGUGUGUGUGAGAAGUGUGCGCGCAAUGGGCGAGGAGAGGAGAGAGAAGGAGGCGCCGCGGCGCCAAGUAGCAACAGCCCCACGGCAGUUCCGCUCGCCGCCCCGUGCAAACUGAUCGGCGUACGAGCCGAGCGACUCGCCGGGUCUCUUUGCGCCGAGAGAAAGGAAGGGCAAGUGGAAAUUUUGAAGCUGCCUAUGAGAGGCAGCGGAGAGCAAAAGCUCGGCGACGCAGCGGAGCCCCGAUAUCGGCCCCGAUAAAGCACUCGCGCUGGCGCGCGAGCGUCCCCGCGCGGGCCAUUAUCGUUCGCGCGCCCGCCGGCGGACAGUGCGAUCGGAUAAGCCGAAUCGUUGCCAGCCCCGUUCGGCUUUGUCACCGCCAAGCGCGGGUAACGAGCGCUUGCAGUCGGAGCGAAAGAGACGUGGACGUUCGAACGAGCGGAGAUAAAGCAUCGACGGCGAGCGAGUAAAAGGCGCGCAGAAGGAGAAGGAAAAAAGAGGAGGGAGAUUAGAAGGGGUGGCAGCGGCAUCGGUAACGGUUAUUAUAUUUGACAUUGUCUCGACGUAACUGCUUCGUCCUUUUUAUCAAACAACAGCCAGACGCGAGUGUUCAUUAUCCGUAAUUGACUCGGCAUUAUUGUUUUGCCGUCUUGCGAUCGAUCGGAAGCAUGAGUUUUACCUUAACAGGCGCGGCUCCGAACAGAGGCGAAAAAAGAAAGCGCCUUCGGCUCGUCCGGCUUCGCGGAUUCGUCGCGCGAGUGCAGUGAAGUGAAGUGACCGGCCAGCAAGCCCAAGAAUGUAGCGCUCGGAGAAUGCGAGUCGAGGCGAGCUUCGCUCAAGCAUGUUCUUCAAUGCGAGUGAUGUGAAUUGGGAGCGGUCGGAUCUCCGGAUGGAAGCGACCGCGGCGGUUUGGCUGAACUUGACGGGGAUCGCCGACCAGCGCGAUUACGCCAACUUUACGGCUGCCGGCAGAAGCGGCCAUUCCCGUCGCGACUCGCUCUACCUCGUCGUCCCGAUAACCAUAGUCUACGCUCUGAUAUUCUUCACGGGGCUCAUCGGGAACGUGUCGACUUGCGUGGUCAUCUCCCGCAACAAGUCCAUGCACACGGCCACCAACUACUACCUGUUCAGCCUGGCGAUAUCGGAUUUGCUGUUGCUGCUGAGCGGCCUGCCGCCGGAGAUGUAUUACAUCUGGUCGAAUUAUCCGUACAUCUUCGGAGAGGCCUUUUGCAUCGUACAGAGCUUCGCCGCCGAAACGUCGGCCAACGCGACCGUGCUCACCAUCACGGCUUUCACCAUCGAGAGGUACGUGGCCAUAUGCCACCCGUUUCUGUCGCACACCAUGUCCAAGCUGUCGCGAGCGGUCAAGUUCGUGAUCGCGAUCUGGCUGCUGGCGCUGAUCCUGGCCAUUCCCCAGGCCAUCCAGUUCGGCAUCGUUUAUCAGCUGCUGACCAACGGCACGACACUGGAGCACACCGCCAGCUGCUCGGUCAAGAGGAUCUACAUCGAGCACGCCUUCGAACUGUCGACCAUAGUGUUCUUCGUCGUGCCCAUGACCGUCAUCACGGUGCUGUACAUCCUCAUCGGACUGAAGCUCCGCAGCUCCAGGCUACUGUCGUUGGUCAAGCGAACUCCGCCGGGGUAUGCUCUGAGCCACGGCGACAGCGCGAGGGGCAAGAGCAGCGCGCAGAAGAAUGUCAUUCGCAUGCUCGUUGCAGUAGUGGUGGCGUUCUUUAUCUGCUGGGCGCCGUUUCACGCGCAGCGCUUGCUGGCCGUGUACGCGGAGAAUAAUAAAAAGGACGGCCAGAAAAGGGCAAUAGUGCAGCCAGUUUAUACAGCACUCACCUACGCAUCUGGAGUCUUCUACUACUUAUCUACGACAAUCAACCCACUGCUCUACAACAUCAUGUCCAACAAAUUUCGCGAGGCUUUCAAGGCGAUGCUCUCCAAGCAGUGCGGUCGUAGACUGCAGAAAGCUCGCACGAGCAGACCGAGUUACAGCAGCUUCUCGCGCUAUCCGCGCUCGGCGUUGCAUCGCGGCGCUGCCGAUCCGCGAAUGUCGGACUCGCUGUCGGUCAGCGAGGAGACGCAGAAACUUGCCGCGGUCAACCACGACUGCACCACCAAAGCCAGUACUCUGCGCCUGAUGCGCGACAAUUCCUUCAGCUCGACGUGGCCGAGCAAAGAUUAUCAUCGCGCCGAUGGCGACGACGUGAACGCCCAGGAAUCGCUCGCCGACUGCAACUCCUGCCAAGUCAAUCAUCCCCGAACAGGCGAACAAGCGGCAGUAGGAUCGGCGAACGGCUACGGGCAUCCGAAGCAUUCUCGAGGAUCAUCGAAUUCUAGUCAAGCAACAAUCUUAACGCCUCCUCGCGAUAAGCCUCAGCUGGAAGCCAGCGGCAACCUCAACAGCAAGCCGCUGGCGCAGACACGAGCGACCGGCAAGCCGUCUCGCAAGCAUCGCUCGGUCAAUUUGGGCAUCCUGAGAGAUCGAUUGAAGCUCGGCGCGGGUGGACUGCUGACCAUUCAGCCGCAAGCUCUGAAGCUGAGGAUGCGAGUCAGCGGCGGCAACGGCAAGCAGCCCGUGGAGACGGUCGCGGUGUUCACCAAAGAGCCGUUCGGCAUUCGCCACAGCAACAGUCAGCCGAGCAUCCGCAGCGCGAACACGAUCAGCAAUUCCAGCCUGCAGGACCUCGAGGAGAACGAGUUCAACGGCAAAGAGCUGGCGCGCUACAUGGGGGAACUCAAUGGCGGCUUAAUCGCACGACAGCGGUGAUCAUAUCGCCGCCGGCGUAUCUCUUUCGUUACACUCGCUUUCGACCACACCCCCGCGCUGCUCUCCUCCACCUUGUAAAUAUCAUUUUUAUUUUCUUUUUUUUUUAUACUCUUCAUUAGCCUCAUACUCACGUGCUCAUUGCCAUUGUUUUUCAAGCGAUUACCUACUUGUUUUCCGUUUUUUUUCUUUACUCUCCGUGCCUAUUUUUUACUUUACUCUUCGUAACCUAUUUUUCUAUCGGACAGCCGUUGGUUUACAGUGUUUUUUUACAGUUUUAUUUAUAAAUUUUUAUUUUUUUAUUAUAUUACAUCUUUUUUUAUAGCGCCGUGCAUGUGUCAUUUCCAUGUGCCAUAUCUACCAUUUGUAGAUGUUUAAAUAAAACAUUCGCCUGUAUAAGAAAAUAUAUAUAUUUGCGUUAAUGUGAUCUUUCUCAAAUCUUUUCUAUUUCUUCUUCAAAAAUUUUCGAUUUUUUUAUGUCAGAGCAAAUUCAAAUUUUAAUGUAGGACUAAGAUUUAAUCUAAUAUAAACGUAUUUCUGCUGAAAGACUAUAAGCAAAGAAUAAUGUACUAGAAUUAUUAAUGUGAAAAACAUAAGAAUGUUAGAAAUUUAU